AUUUUGAUUUAUAAUAUCCUUUCAGUUUUAUUGUGGUUUUAUCGUUCAGAAUGGUUAUAGUAUCAAAUAUCAAACAUCAAUUAACCGGUAACAACAAUCUUUGGGUAAAAAUUAUUCUAUUUUUAUUCAUUUUCCCAUGAUUGGUGUAUUAUUGCUUAUUUUGUGUUCAAUGGCUAAUGGUUGAGUACCUAUGUUAAAACUUGAAGAUUCAAAUUUUGGUUUCAAUUUCAUGUGUUUUUUCAGUCACCGUCCAAAGCUGUAAUAUUUAUCUAACACCAUGAAUCGUUCUAAUAAGAUUCCUUGUUGUUCUCGAUGCUCUACAAAUUAUCAUAUUGGAGAUGUAAAUGGAUCCAAAGUUCCAAUGUUGUUAGCAUGUGGACAUGAUAUGUGCAGAAGUUGUAUUAAGUACAUGUACAGGAAGAAUAAACAAGUUAUUUGUGAAUUUUGUCGAACUGAUAGCAUGAUUAAAUGUGAUGAAGAAUUAUCGAACAUACCAAUACACUAUUUUAUAGUUGGCAAAGUAUGGUACUUAUCAUAUAACAAAAAGCUCAAAAUAUAUCAAGAUAUUUCUAAUUUAAGGAUGAAAAAUUUAUCACCAGAGUCUUUAAUUAAAACUAAAGAAAAUUGUCAAACUUGUCAAAAAUAUGCAUCUGUCUUUUGUCAACAAUGCAAUGAAAUAUAUUGUGAAGAUUGUUCUGAAGAGUUUCAUAAUAUAGAGAAUCAAAUAAUGUCACAGCAUGAUUUAAAAAAACUAGAUACCACACACCUUGAAUUUCUCAAAGCAUUCAAAUGUGAUCUUCAUUUGAAAUCAAUUGAUUUUAUUUGUAUUACAUGUGAACGGCAAAUGUGUUCAAUUUGUGCUGUUGAACAUGAUCGAAAUCAUGAUAUUAAACAUUUGGAAAAAUAUUAUGAAAAAGAAGUACACCGUUUAAAUGAAUAUUUAUUAAAAGGAGACAUUUUACUUAAAAGGUUGAAACAUUAUCGAAAUAAAUUUAAUGAAAAAGUGCAAAAACAUCAAUGUUAUAAUUUGAAGAAAAAUAAAAGCUUUGAUCAAAAGAAACGACUUAUUUCAACGUACGUAGCAUCUGUAAUUGGUGCUUUACAGUGUUUAGAACAACAGUUAUUUUAUAUGAUGGAUCAAGCCGAACAGUCUUCCACCAAUUCUAUGAUCCAAGUAGUCGGCCAACUAACCAAUUUCAUAGAAAAAUUGCAAACCAAACUGAAUAUUGUAGAUGUGGUGUUGAAGAACCAUCAGUAUUCGUCCACCGCAAUGAUGGAUCAAAUUGCCGACAUUGAAAGCAUGUUAGACACGACUUAUUAUUUGGCGAAGAAGAACAUAUCCAAUCCGUCGAUCAAGUUCAAUUUCGAAAUUUUCCAAACCAUCCAGCAGUCCGUGAUUUUCAAUAUCGAUCUAUCUGAUCGUUACGUAUUGGAAUGUUCGCCCGACCUUUUGCCCGAAUAUACUCUAAACGCGAUGAUCGGAUUGAACUCUGAUGACAAUACGCUGCUAGCAGAAAGAUCGCCGUCGUCUGCUUCAAGCAUGUAUUGCAGCAGCAAUUAUUCGACUAUUUCUGCUGAAACUAUAUCUGCUUCCGGUGAUGUCACCGUCUCUUCUAUUGAAGCCAUCGCCAAAUCCGAUAAUGCCAUUAUUUCCAGUGGUUCCGUCUUAGCUUCCAGCGUUAACAGUCCACCGCAAUCGCUGGCCAUCAAGGAGAUCAUGAGAACCGAGGUCGAACCAGUGAUCGUGACGCACGUUAACAGCCCAUCUGACUUCUUUUUGCAACUUGUCGCCAACAAGGGAGUGUUAGAUAUGGUUGAAGACGAACUAGAUAAACACGUGAAAUCAGAACACGGCUCUGUACCGGUGGAUCGCGUGGAAAUGGACAACACUAUAUAUGCUAUACAAACAUCAGCUGAUGAAUGGCAUCGAGGUAUUGUUCUCCAUUCGUACAAUGAAAAUGGUAAAGAUUUGUUCAGAGUUGACUUUAUCGACUAUGGUUUCAUGGAAACUUUAACAGCUGACAGAAUUAGAAAUGUACCACCAAGUAUUGUCUCAAUACCACCAUUAGCCUAUAAUUGUGCUCUGUAUGAUUUGAAGCCAAAAUCAACAACCGGAUGGUCAAAUGAAGCAUUCAUAUUAUUUAAUGAUUUAAUGUUAGCAAAGACGGGUUCAUAUUUUGUAUACCCUUUGAAAUUAAAUAGUAAACGUAUCGAAGUUGAUGUAGUUUGGAAUGAAGACGUUUAUCCACUGUCCAUACGUGAUGCCUUGUUUUUUUUGGGACAUGGUUCUUAUGAGUACUAUGUCAACAGAGAAUUACAUGAAAAACUUGUAAAAAUGAUAACAUUGCCUGAUAAUUUAAAACUAGAUGAAAAAAAAAAAUAUUCUGUAGUCCUAUGUCACUUCACUUCACCAACAGAGUUUUAUCUGCGAACAAGUGACGAUACUGCGCAAUUAGAUGAAGUUAUGAAUACACUGAAAACAUUAUAUACACCUACUGCAAAAAAUACACAUAAAAGCUAUUUAUUAUAUACGCCACAAAUUGGUAUGGCAGUUGCAGCUAGAUAUUCUAUUGACGGUCAUUGGUAUCGUGCAAGAAUAACAAGUUUGCCUGAAGCACGUUUAGUUACUGUUUUUUAUAUAGAUUUUGGCAAUUCAGAAACAUUGCCAUGGGAUGAGUUAAGAGUACUUAAUAAAGAACUCAUUAAAACACCACCACUUGCAAUAAAAGCAUCAUUGGUAGAUGUUUAUCCCGCUGUAGAUGGUAUAGAAUGCACCAAAUGGAGUGACAAUGCUCAUGCUGCAUUUUUAAAAUUUUCAAAAGUUGAUUAUACUGAGGAUAAUUUGAUAGCUUUUAUACAUGAAGUUGAUGGCGAUACACACAAAAUUGUUUUAUAUAAUCAUACUUCUAGAACUGAGAUUUGCUUGAACAGUAAACUUGUAUCUCAAGGAUAUGCUACAACAAUGGAUCCUGGAUCAUGUGUAUUCAAGAAAACAAAUACAAGAAAACAAAUGAAGCAACCAGUGUUACCUCUAAACUCUAGAAAUAAAGAAGUAAUAUUACCACUUGAUGACACUUUAUCAUUCAUUAAGCAGCGAUCAGUUACUGAAAAUGAAAAUCAUGAUUGGAAAAAUAAGAACAAGAUUAAUAAAUUACCUGGUGUUCCUAUGUCAAUCAUUAAAGUUGUCAGUCCUGAUGAAAUAAUACUAAAAAAAAUUAACUAUAAUACUGAGAAAUUGACUGAAUAUAUGAACAAAGUAUAUGCCAAUAAAAAAAAAACGACACAAAAAUUAAGUUGGGAAAAAAAUGAUUUAUGUGCAAUAUUUAUUAAUAAGUAUGGAAACUGGUAUAGAGGAAAAAUUAGAAAUUUAGAUAUUAUACGAAAAAUGGUUACAAUUUAUUUAUAUGACUUGAAUGAAACGAUUAACCAAGUACCUAUCAAAACCUUACAUAUACUUGAAGAAAAUUGUGCUAAUGAGAAAUGUGGAAUUCUACAUUGUAGCUUGUCUGGUUUAGUUCCAUUAGGUUCUUCUGAUAGAGUAUGGCCUAAAUUUAGUUGUGAUCGUCUAAUUGAAGAAUUAAAAAAAUAUCCUAUUGUUUAUUUUUCAAGAACCAAUUCGAAACAACAAAAUAUUGCAUUAGGUAAUUUAUGGGUCAAAGAAAUAGAAAUGCCACGAGCUUUGGAACCAUUACGUGAACGUUGGAUAAAUAUGAACAGAUUUAUGAUAGAACAAGGUUUUGCUUUAAGUAAAAAACAGUAAAAGAGGGAUGAUGAAUAUUCAAACUCUCAAUCAGAAUCAGAAUUCGAUUACUCUAUUGUGUCUAUAGAAAAUGAUAAAUUUGUUAACUGUUGGCUGCCUCCAGCCCGUUUGGUUAAAUCUCAUUUUAAUGCUGUUGUAUCAUAUGUUGAUAUGGAGUGCCACAUCUACUUACAAAAUUUGGACGAUGAAACUUUUCAAUUAUUACAACUUGUUUCAAACGAGUUAAAUGAAGUGUUUUCUAAUAGCCAACCAGAACCAAUAAAUAUCGAAUGGAGUGAAGGACAAUCAGUUAUAGUUCAAUACCAUCUAGACAAUAUGUGGUACCGAGGAACGAUCAUAAAAAUAAAUGAAAUAGAAGAGAAAGUAGAGUUCACCGUACAGUUUUGUGAUUACGGAAACAUCGAGACAUGUACACACGAAAACCUCAGGUCGACCUUGUACAUGACAGACGUCCCUCAACUGUGCGUCAAGGGAUACUUCAGCACUAUUUUACCGAUGACGAAAGACAGAAAAUGGCCGAUACCGGCACUAGAUUUCAUACAUAGCAUGAUUGUCGAAAGACGGUGUUUGGUGAUUAUUGACGAGAGUCUGUCAACUAAAGACAUCUAUGCGAUCAAGUACUUAGAAGAAAUUCAAGAAGAGUUGGACGUGUGUCAAUAUUUGGUGACAAACAAAAUGGCGCACAAUUUUAAAUACUCAAAAUCAAAAACUACUCGAAUGAUUUUGAAAUUUCAAUUUAUCAAGAGCUUGAAUGAAAUUCAACAACAGUUGGACGUGUGUCAAUAUCUGGUGACAAACAAAUUGGCACACUUCGAGUACAUAACGACGUCGGUCAUUGAAUUGAUGGACACGGACGAAGAAGAAAAUGAUGACGCAACCGACAACAAUUACUACAAUGACGAUGACAGUGGAGAGAUCUACGACGAGGGUGAACAGACCUACGAUGAUGUUGGAGGGACCAACAACGACGAUGAACAUACCUACAACAAUAUUGGAGGGACCAACAGCGACGAUGAACAGGCCUACAACAAUAUUGGAGGGACCAACAACGACGAUGAACAGGCCUACAACAAUAUUGGAGGGACCAACAACGACGAUGAACAGACCUACAACAAUAUUGGAGAGACCAACAACGACGAUGAACAGAUCUACAACAAUAAUAUUGAAGAGACCAACAGCGUAUACGAAUCGACCUAUGACAACAGGUCGAUGGCAGGGCAUUCGGUAGACGACAAGCGGUGGAACAGUGUUGAUGCUCUGAGCAGCGCAUCGGCGAUGAUUCUGGAAGAAGAAGAAGAGGAAUUCGGUUACUCGAAGUUUUGUCUGGAAGCCAACGAAGUGUUCGAGGGCACCAUGUGCCGCAUUACUGGACCAACUAGCCUCAUGUUGGUAAUCACGAAGAUCGGCGGUGCCGACCUUAGCGUCACCAAGAACCGGAUGUAUAACGAAAUGUAUAAUAAAUGCGGAACCCUACCACCACUCGACCGCAUAGUACCAGGCCUCGCUGUCACUGUUAUUCACAACGGAUUGUGGAAACGAGGUGUCAUUGAAGACGACGGGAACUCGGUACUUUUGGUCGACUUUGGCACAUCUAUCAAGUUGAUAAAAAAAAAUCUGCGGCCGUGUCCCACAGAGUUUUUGCAAUUACCGAUGUUCUCGAUCGACUGUCGGCUGGAAAACGUCAGACUGGGCGACGACGCCGAUGCCAAAGAAGUCGUUAAUAAAUUGUCGAAGACGUUGAGGGGCAUCAAUUUAAAAAUCGUUGGAAUCGUCAGCGAAUCGGACAACGACAUUGUCGGCGUGGAGUUGUAUAACAGCAAAGAAGAAAUUGCAUACCAGCCGCUGAUUGAUGCCAAAUUACUAAUUCCCGAGUGAUGCGUUUUUAAUUUGUAACUCGUCCGGUAACGUCGACAUAAACGCACGUUUGUACAUAAUAUUUUAGCUUAUUAAAAGACGUUUUUAUUGA